GCGCUCGUUUCUCUACCGGACUUGUCGACGUUGAUAUCCCCUGGUCUACCCCACGUGUCACCGCCCAACCCACAACAGCCUGUCGCCAUGGAGCGCGGACCAGACGCGUUUGACGAGGUAGGAGGCGAUAUGAUUACAAGCCCAAUGGUGUCUGCCACACCCACGAUUUUUCGUGUUGGCAGACCACACGAGGUGGACAUUGGUUUGACCGAGACGACGACGCGACACCGCCACGACGGUCAUGGCGGCAUCGCACACCGUAGUCUGUCUGAUUCGUUUGACAGCGCAGAGGAAGGGUCUACAGGUGGGCCAGUUGACACAGUCGAAAGAGAAACAAGACCCCCACGUCGACCGUCAAACUCAGAGCAUCAUCCCAUUACCGCGGCUGCCGGCGUAGUUGCGGGCGUCCGCGCCACAUACACCACGGACGCGACACAACAACCUGUGGUUGGGUCAUCGUCGACGGCACUGCGCGGCAUAGCUACUGUUUUGCCGACAGUGGCAUUCUAUGCCAACGGGAGUAGUACUGGGGGGCGGGAUGAACAGGGAGUCUGGAUUGUUGGCAGUCCAUCUGCACCGUCUAUGGGGACACGAUCCAUUGGGAGUGUCGAUGGUGCUCGACACACCGUCAUGGCAGAGUUUGAGGACCAACAUGGGAGUGCUUUGCCGACGAAGACGUCUGAUGUCCAUGCUACGAGGGCCGCGAAGGCGAGUCUUUCUCGGGCGAGGAAGAAGGCCUCGGCAAGGAAGGCGUCACGUUCGUCGUCACAUAUGCGUUCCCGAGAGAGAGGAUCCGGCGUUGUGCAUCUCAAGGACGGAGAGAUUGCACCUGACGGUGAUGCAUUGGAUGUUGGAGGGAGGGCUGCAACGACGGCGGACACCGUCGGCAAGGAGGGUGCAGGGGAUGCAGUGGCAGGUCAGAAGAGAUGUGGCAGUGUACUUAUCGUCCACGACGACAGCACGGAUGUCGCCGCAGGAGAGACCACAGACACUGAUGAUGCGGGGGACACCGAUUGCGUGCCUAAACUAUGGGCGGCGGAUGGAGAUGAUGGAGGAGGGCGACGAGUGAGACGGAGGACACGACUCGGGCCACAUGGGCAGCGGCCACAGGGCACACCAUCGGCGACGAUUCCUGCCCCCAUCCAUCGGCGAGCUCAGGUGCAGCGGCUGCUGCGCAAAAUGAAGCAUAGAGUAGAGUGGCGUAGAGUAGAGGAGAGUAGAGUGUUAUUAAGUGUCGUAGAGUGUCAUAGAGUGUCGUUCAAUAAAGUAGAGUGUUGUAGAGUGGAGUAGAGUACAUUGUUGUAGAGUAUACCAAAGGGUCGUAGAGUAGAGUAGAGUAGAGUAGAAUGUCGUAGAGUAAAGUAGAGUACAAUGU